AUGUGCAUGUGGUGGACGCUUUUACUGGUAGUGAAUGCAGUAAACGCGCAAUUCAACAUUUUCGACGAUUCGAGCCAGCACUCUUCACAAAUAACUGCCCUCGGCGACAAUUUUGGCUUCCGCGAUGCGCUAGGAGCUUGGAGCAGAGUGCUUCGGAAUAUGGCGACACGACCGCAACCCAUGAGGGUAAGCCCUCCAAAUCCACGCGACUUUACAAUUGCACCUAGUAUUAAACGAGAAGAUUUGAAACUCCUACGGGAACAGAAGCACAACGCUGACAAUAUAAUUAACGAACGGUUACUUUAUUUACUUCUGCCAAGGAUCAAAGGUCAGUCUCCCUUCACCACAACAGCAUCUGCAAUAACUGCUGCAACAAAACCGCCAGUCAUGAUGUCUACUAUCUUCGCUUCUAAGACAACUACUGCUAUGGCUCCCACAGAAAGUGUCACUUCAACAACCCCAGUGUCAAGGAUAAAGCCAACAACUACCGUAACGGAAACAACCAGAACUAAGAAGCAGUACCAAGAAAUCAAAUGGUCCGAAGAAGACAUGGGCGAAUUUCGAUUGAACAACUCAGAGUUGGCGAUGUUAGAAAAAGAUUACCUACGGAAACUUGCCCUACUGAGGAUCCACAGGCAAGCGAGGAAAAACAAGCACUCGGUCGAUUAUGCUAAGGAUGAUGAUGGAGGAGAAGAAAUUGAGGAGCCGCCAGAAAUGGCAAAUAUUACCUCCACUUCUGAUGCACAGCGGAUAAAGAAUAAUAGGAUGGACAAGAACCGAUUCACUGCUGCUUUUCGCAACACAUCUGAAGAAGACUUCCAAGAAAGGGCGAAAAUUGAAACACAAAUCUUUUCAAUCCUUAACAAAACUGUAGAAGAACAGGAAAGGAAGUCAAGUAUGGCUCCAGAAAGAGCCACAUUUGUCGAAAAAACGAAUAAUGUAGAAGCUGCAGCUGAAGCUCCGCUUCGUGGUGUCAUCAAUGAAAAAGGGAAGGACAUCGAGGAGUUUGUAGAACAUUCUAAGGCCUAUGCCGCUUCAUUGCUGUCAAAUCAGUUGAUUGCUGAUCCUGGAGCCACAAAAUACGGCACUGCCGGAGAAUCAGAGGUUAGGGUCACUGAAGGAGGACAAGUAAUUGGAGCAACACUCCCAACAGCUACAACAAAUAAACACUCAUCAGACAAACAACAAUCGAUCAGCACCGCCGAGAAUGUGUCGGCAUUACCAACUUUCACUACGACAACAGAACGUGCAGGAAUUAAGAAGGUAUUCUCGCUGACCGAAGCUUAUGAAGGAGUAUUAAAAGCGGAGGGAUCAGGAGAUUCGGAGGGAACCAAGCGGCAACACGAAAACACAAAACACAAAAUCACGACAUUUUUUCAACAAGGAGAAAACGCCACGACGACGAUUACACCGACCACACCUAAAGCGUCUAUGCCAUCCUCAGAAACCAGCACGGAAGCUAAAGCGAUUACCACAAAAAGGAGCACUGUACAAGCAGAUAUCUCCGCUACAGAUUUGGCGAGAACGGACAAACAAACUUCUACUCCAGCAUUCAAGCAAAUUCCAGAAGCAGAGGAGGACUAUUUUAGCGCAGUAACCGAUACUGAGCCUUCCACUACUACUCAUUCAUCGAAGAGAAGCACAGCUGUGCACAACGUACAUGCUUCUGCUAGCGCUUACUCGGAACCAAAACUUGCAAAGGUUAUUACUCCUAUAGCAGGAAUAAUCGAUAAUAUUGGGCCGAUCCUUGCACCACUCCUACGGUUACGACCUGGAACUGCUCAAGCCGCAGCAGUUAGAACUUAUGAUACCGGCGUAAGAGAUCUUGAUUAUUCGACUAGUGAGAAUUCGAUAAUUGGCUAUGGAACACUGCUUGCUCGAGAAAUACUCAACCCUGGCUCACUUCGUAAGGAAAGCGAGGAAACCCAAAGGGCAUUGGCGGCGAAAAUUGCACAGUUGAAGGAAAGCGUGAAGCACCAGUCUAUUGGAGGAGGUGAUACCCAUACCAUCCCACUUCGUGAAGUCAUCUCGCCAACAUCACAAAACAUCUUUAUUUCACCGUUAAAAUCAACUAACCCAAAAGCCUUUACGCAAAUAGCUUCGAUCCCUUUGGCAGAACAAGACGGUAGAAAUUCACAGUUGUCGACGCUGGUACGGUCUCAGCUUCCACCGUACUUCAUCGCGCCACCACCAGGAUACAAAGGUCCUCUACCUCCACCACCGCCACCGCCUCCUCUUUUGCCUGUUGCUGAACUCGCACCAAAGGAACCUAAAGGAACAGCAACAGUUAACACAGUAAACAUCGCUGCUCAGAAUACUCCAUCGUCUUCAAUCUCCGACAAACCCAAUUUUCUUCCUGUAGUCCAGACUGGGACCCCAUCUUUAGUUCCAGAUCAAUCUUUUACUGAGCGGUCUAAACGGACGCUGCAUCGCAUACCCGCGAACCAUGCAGCAGAUGUCGCACCUGCAAACCACUACGAACGAGAUCUGCCGAAAGUUGGAUCGCCGCUGUUAGAGGACUCCGGAUUGAUGGUCCAAGGAACUCCUGCUGAAUUAGGCCUACCGCUAUCAACUUUUGGUUCAUUUACAAGUGGAGGAGGUGGAGCAAAAGGGUUUGGAGGAGGACGACAACCAGCGGAGUCAUUUGACCACACUGCCUCUGCAGAUAACCCUUUUCCACCGUUUUUAGCCUAA